AUGAUGCUUAUUUUACAAAAUAUGUUUUUAAUAACUGUUCCACUUUCAACUGUAUUAACGACUAUUGCUAUGUUGUUACCUUAUUGGUGGUCAUCUGAGACACUUCAAGUUGGUCUCUGGAGAGCUCGAUCAAUAUCUUCUUCAUGGUUACUUGUUGAACCACAAAUUGAUACGUCAGAAGGACGUAUCUUAUUUAUUUUACAAAUUCUUUCAUUUACAUCUGUUAUAUUAGCCGAUAUAAGUGGUAUUAUUUGGUUAAUUACAUUACUUCAUCGUAAUUCUUCUUCAUUAUUCAAAUUUCUUAUGUCAUUACUUAUUUUUACUAUUCUAACAUAUUUAUGUUUAUCAAUAAUGAUUUAUCUUGUUUGGCAAACAACAAAAGAUUAUGUAAAAUUAAUCAAAAUAUCAUAUUCAUUCUAUUUGGUAUUAAUUAUUAUCUUAUUUCAUUCAUUAACAUUUAUCAGUAUAACAAUUAAUCUAUUGAAAUAUCGAACAAUUCAUCAUUCAAUACAACCGAUUGAAAUAAAUAAAAAGCUUUCUUUUGCUUAUAAUGAACCUCUUGUAUAG